AUGUACUCCCACCCCGCGCCCGCGCAGGCGCAGGCGGCACAGCCCAAAGCACCUGAAAACGAGCUCUUCUCGUUCGACUUCCACGCACCGUCUCUGGUGCAGAACACGGCUGUGAUGGAGCAGCCGAAGAAAGACGUGAAGCAGAAUAUUUUGUCGUUUACAUUAAUCAGCGUUUACUGUAGGUUGUACAGACUUUCUCAUGCUUGGAUUAGGGUAUGUACCUCAAUGGGUAUCUUGGUAUCGCUGUGCUUUUCUAUACCGCUUCACUGGCGGACUCGUGUUACUCUAGGAGAAGAUGGUAUGUAUGAAGAUGUUCUACGCUUUUGGAUGGACAAAGACAAAGAAGGCAACACACCCGACGCGUUGCAGGAGGUUAUCGAGCAUCUCAUGUACCAAGGAAAGGCCUGUCCUCAUCUAUACUCGCUUGUUCUGAGGUUCUUGACCUCGACGCCGGAGCUGCUUAACCGACAUCAAACUGGUUUGAAGGACAUCCUGGAGCAUAUCGACGACGUGCAAUUGAUUCUCCUUGGGAGUCUUACAAGUUUUGAGUCGAAAUGGAGUGGCGAGUGUCGGUUUAAUGAAGCAAUGGUUGAUCAAGACGAUCAAGGAAAGUAG